GGGGUCUUUUUUGAACGCUUUAGCUCGAGAUCAGAUGCUCCCUGUGCGGGCUGAGAGGGGAGCAGGCAGGCAGCGCUUCUGCAGGGGGAUUCAGCGAUGCACGCAGCCGCGCACACAACUUCUCUCCAGUCCUGCUGCCGCCGCUGGACUUUCCUUUAGGAUUUUCUUCUUGUGACAGAACGAGUUGGACUUUACUUCUUCUGCCAACAUGUAUUCAGCAGCAUUGCUACUGAUGCUGGCCGUCAGGAUCUACGCAGACAGCAUGGAAGGACCGACAGCUGGCUGUACCUUCGAUGAGGACUCCGACCCGGGCCUGUGUGAGUACCGGCAGGGACAAGAUGAUGACUUUGACUGGCAGCUGAUCAGGACCUACAACUGGCCACACCCGACCCCGGAUCUUCUACAAGGGUCCUUCAUGAUGGUAAAUUCCUCGCAGCAUUUCGGGGGCCAGCGAGCUCAGCUGCUCCUCCUCCCGCUCAGCGAGAACGACACCCACUGCAUCCAGUUCAGCUACUUCCUGUACAGCCGCGACGGCCACAGCCCCGGGGACCUGCAGGUCUACAUCCGGGUCAACGGGGGCCCCAAGGGCAGCGCUGUGUGGAAUAUCUCGGGCUCCCAGGGACGCCAGUGGCACCAGGUGGAGCUCGCCGUAAGCACGUUCUGGCCCAGUGAAUACCAGGUCAUCUUUGAAGCUACCAUUUCCGAAGAACGACAGGGCUACAUUGCCUUGGACGACAUUGUGCUGCUCAAUUACCCCUGUUACAAGGUGCCUCAUUUCUCUCGGCUGGGUGAUGUAGAGGUGAAUGCCGGGCAGAAUGCCUCAUUCCAGUGUGUCGCCACGGGCAAAGUUUCUGAGACUGAGCCCUUCCUCCUGGAGCGGAGGAACAGCGUGGUGCUGGACACGUCCUUGCUGUCUCGGUUGAGUCAUAAGCGGCUGAUGGCGACUUUCCAGGUGGAGGCGCAGCGUGGGGAGCAGGACCUCUACCGCUGCAUCACCCUCUCGCCCAGGGGCGCCGCCGUCUCCAAUUUUGGAGAGCUCAUUGUCAGAGUGCCCCCAACACCAAUUGCCCCCCCUCAGCUCCUGCGGGCAGGCCCCACCUAUCUGAUCAUCCAGCUCAACACUAACUCCAUCGUGGGGGAUGGGCCCGUUAUUCGCCGGGAAAUCCAGUACCGGGCAAGCCAGUCCACGUGGACGGAGACUCACGGUGUGGGCUCACUUACCUAUAAGAUUUGGCAUCUGGAGCCAGACACAGAGUACCGCAUCAGUGUCCUGCUCACCCGGCCCGGGGACGGGGGUACAGGAGCACCGGGGCCCCCUCUGACCAGCAGGACAAAGUGUGCAGAGCCCAUGCGUGCCUUGCGAGGUCUGACAGCUGUAGAGAUCCAGCCCCGGCAGCUGGGCCUUCAGUGGGAGCCGCUGGGCUACAACCUCACCCGCUGUCACACCUACUCCUUGUCCCUGUGCUACCGCUACUCCAUGCCAACAGGGGGCAGCGGAGGGAGCAAUGCAACCAUCAGAGAGUGCCUGUCCGUGGAUCGCAACACCUCUCACUUCACCUUGAGAGACCUGCCGCCCUUCCGCUCGGUCCACGUCCGGCUGGCGCUGGCCAACCCCGAAGGCAAGAAGGAGAGCAGAGAAGUUACCUUCCAGACUGAGGAAGACAUUCCUGGCGGCAUCGCUCCAGAGUCCCUGACCUUCACCCCGCUUGAUGACAUGAUCUUCCUCAAGUGGGAGGAGCCCGUAGAGCCCAACGGUCUCCUCACGCAGUAUGAGAUCAGCUACCAGAGUAUUGAGUCAUCAGACCCAGGCAUUAACGUGCCAGGUCCUCGUCGCACAGUGUCCAAGCUGAGGAACGAGACCUACCACAUGUUCUCUGGCCUGCAUCCUGGAACCACCUACCUGGUGUCAGUCCGGGCCCGGACUGCCAAGGGGUUCGGCCAGACGGCACUCACCGAGAUCACCACCAACAUCUCUGCCCCGGUGUUUGACUAUGAAGACAUCCCGUCUCCACUGAGUGAGUCGGAGAGCACUAUCACCGUGCUGUUGCGCCCUGCGCUGGCGAGAGGGGCUCCAGUCAGUGCCUACCAGCUGGUGGUGGUGGAGGAGGAUGCUUCCCGGCGGGUGAGGAGGAGGGAGCUGGGCUCCGUUGACUGUUUCCCUACACCAAACUCCCACGGGGAGGCGCAGGCCAAAGGGGCCCCGCAUUACUACACAGCGGAGCUGGCUCCUAGCAGUCUGCCCGAGGCCACGCCCUUCACCGUGGGGGACAACCACACCUACAAUGGCUACUGGAACAGCCCUUUAGACCCCACCAAAAACUACCUCAUCUUCUUUCAGGCCACCAGCAACUUCAGAGGGGAGACCAGGAUAAACUGCAUCCGGAUUGCUCGCAAAGCUGCCUGUAAGGACUCCAAGCGAGCUCUGGAGGUAUCCCAGCAUGCCGAGGACAUGGGUCUGAUCCUCGGGGCCUGCGCAGGAGGCCUGGUGGUCCUAAUUCUGCUUCUCGGGGCCAUCGUCAUCAUCGUCAAGAAGGGAAGGGACUUCUAUUCUUACCCUUACUACCCUAGGAAGAAGGUGGCCAUAAACAAGGCAGCCAUGUCCUACAGGCAGGAGAAGAGUCGGAAGCUGAGCUCAUUAGACUGCAGCAUGACAGAGCAGAGCACUCUCCAGCAGGAUGAGAGGAUGGCCCACUCCUUCAUGGAUGCCCACGGCUGCAACGCUCGAAAUGAACAGCGUAGCUCCGUCAACGAGUCCAGCAGCUUACUGGGAGGCUCGCCCCACCGCCACUGUCGGAGGAAGAGCUCACCCUAUCACACGGGUCAGCUGCACCCUGCUGUAAGGGUGGCCGACCUCCUGCAGCACAUCAACCAGAUGAAGACGGCCGAGGGAUACGGCUUCAAACAAGAAUACGAGAGUUUUUUCGAUGGCUGGGACGUCACAAAGAAGAAGGACAAGACCAAAGGAAGGCACGACAGUCUGCUUAACCAUGAUCGCCAUAGAGUGAAGCUCCACUCUCUGCUUGCAGACCCCAGCUCGGAUUAUGUCAAUGCCAACUACAUAGACAUUCGGAUAAACAGGGAAGGUUACCAGCGAUCAAAUCACUUCAUUGCCACUCAAGGCCCCAAACAGGAGAUGAUCUACGACUUUUGGCGGAUGGUCUGGCAGGAGAACUGCUUCAGUAUUGUCAUGAUCACUAAGCUGGUGGAAGUGGGCAGGAUGAAGUGCUGUAAGUAUUGGCCUGAUGACACUGAGCUCUACGGUGACAUAAAGAUCACGCUGCUGAAGACAGAGACACUGGCAGAGUACACGGUGCGCACCUUCGCCAUGGAGAGGCGAGGUUACCCUGCCAAGCAUGAGGUGUGCCAGUUCCACUUCACCUCGUGGCCGGAGCACGGCGUGCCGUAUCACGCCACCGGCCUGCUGGCUUUCCUGCGCCGGGUCAAGGCCUCCACGCCGCCCGACGGCGGGCCGGUGGUGGUCCACUGCAGUAUGGGGGCAGGCAGGACCGGCUGCUACAUUGUGCUGGAUGUCAUGCUGGAUAUGGCCGAGUGUGAAGGAGUGGUGGACAUCUACAACUGCGUCAAGACUCUGUGCUCCCGACGCAUCAACAUGAUCCAGACUGAAGAGCAGUACGUGUUUAUCCAUGAUGCCAUCCUGGAGGCGUGUCUGUGUGGAGAGACGGCCAUCCUCGUUAAUGAGUUUGCUCUCACCUAUAAGGAGAUGCUGAAGGUUGACUCCCAGAGUAACACCUCCCAGCUCCGAGAGGAGUUUCAGACUCUGAACUCGGUGACUCCCCACCUGGACAUGGAGGAGUGCAGCAUCUCUCUGAUGCCCAGGAACCGCGAGAAGAACCGCAGCAUGGACGUGCUGCCGCCGGACCGCUCGCUGGCGUUCCUCGUCACCACCGAGGGCGAGAGCAGCAACUACAUCAACGCAGCGCUCGCCGACAGCUUCCUCCGGCCCGCCGCCUUCGUGGUUACACCACACCCGCUGCCCGGCACCACCACAGACUUCUGGAGGCUCUUGUACGACUAUGGCUGCACCUCGGUGGUGAUGCUUAACCAGCUCAACCAGUCCAACUCAGCCUGGCCUUGUCUACAGUAUUGGCCUGAACCGGGGUUGCAGCAGUUUGGGCCAAUGACGGUGGAGCUUCUGUCCAGGACAGCCGACGAUGACGUAAUCAUCCGUCUCUUCCGGGUUCAGAACAUCACUCGGGAUCCUGAGGAGACAGACACCACAGAGCAAGACACCGAUAGCCUCUGUCCAAAGAAGCUUCAGGAAGGCCAGCUUGUGGUGCGUCACUUCCAGUUCCUGCGCUGGUCCCCAUACCGCGACGUGCCCGACUCCAAGAAAGCCUUCCUCAGUCUUUUGGCUCAGGUUCACAACUGGCAGAUGGAGUGUGGAGAGGGACGCACCAUCGUCCACUGCCUGAAUGGCGGCGGUCGAAGCGGUACUUUCUGUGCCAGCACCAUGAUCUUGGAGAUGAUUCGUCACCACAGCGUGGUGGACGUGUUCUUUGCUGCCAAAACGCUGCGCAACUCCAAGCCAAACAUGGUGGAAACAAUGGAGCAGUACCGGUUCUGCUAUGACCUGGCCCAGGAGUACCUGGACUGUUUGGAAGUCAGAUAGCACCAAUCCCUCCCGUCUGGUCCCUCUUGGAGAACAAGGUCUGCAUCCUGGAUCCUGGAUCUGUGCUCCUGCCUCCUUUAAUCCAUGUAUACAGCUCUGGUUGUCUUUCUGCACCAUGCCUGGAUGAAACACUGUCUGCCGUAAAGACAACAACAAUUUAGAAAGCUCACUGGAUAACUUGUAACAUACUACUGACACCCUUUUUGCUUCUCCUCGGCGUUCUGAUCCAACCUGUACUCUUUUGUGCCACUUCACAUCUGCCAAACCAGAGGACGCUUAACAGGAGUAGAGUCGGUUUUAUACCCGACCUCUGUCAAAGCAGCCGGACUAGCUGUCGUGCAUCUCGCCGACAGGACUCAAAGAGCUCAGCUGUAUCCUGCCUUACUAUGAACAAACACUGAAAGGGAACUACAGUUGAUGCCAACCACUGGCUGAUAUUUUGUGUUUGUUUGUAACACUGUAAAUGGUGCAAUCUGCUGUUGGUGAACAUCCCAUGUCGUACGGUACUAAAUAUGAACUUUAUUGUGGGUGAGGCUAACGAUUGAAGGUAAUCUGUGGGAAGAAGUCAGUCAAAUCUGACGGACAUAUCUGUACAGUAGAGUUGUCUCGGACCUAAUUUCUCUUUAUUUAUUUUCUCUGUGUAUAUAGAUGGUUUUUUCCCCUCUCCCCUCCCCCCCCCCGGUGUUUCUAGAUGUUCUUAACGUCUUAUCAAUGUGCCAAUCCAUUCUCUGUGUGUUUGUAAAUGGGGACCACUUCAGCAUCUGCAUGCCCAGUCUUAAGUGUUUCAUUGCAGUGUGUGGCCCAAGUCUGCUUCACGGUGGAUUCUGCAACGUUAAUCCCUCUGCUAGUCCUCAGAGAGCUCCGCAAAGAAUAACCGCGUGUUGCUGUGAGAAUACCGCGAAAAAUCUGUCGCUUUCUAAAUUUGUAUUUAUUCAAUGUGUUUUAUUUUCUAAAUAGUGUAUAAAACAGGAAAGUAAAUAAAAUAUG